GAUGCACUUCUUCUUCGCCGCGAACAACCCGCCGCCCAGCGACAGCCUCGAGCACGUCCAAGACGACCAUGUUACAUUGAGGGUGUGCCUGGACGAUGCACAGACGCACAGCGGGGACGUCUUAAGAGCUUCCUUCGAAUUGGUGGGACCAAAGAAGUAUGCAGGGAAUGUAAAGCUAGACUACGUCGUGCUGUAUCUCUACGGAGUGUACAUCCUCAACCAGGAGGUGCUAACUGCUUGCACCAAUGGCCCACUCGUACAGAAGCAAGAAAAUCUGAACCUGCCUUUCUAUAGAGUGAAUGAAGAAAAAGCUGAACAAAAAUUCUUGCUCUUCUACUCCAACCCAAUAGUGCUCUGUACCGAUGUGAAUUUUGGAUCCCCCAGUGAAACGACUCACUAUCAGCUCAGCUGUAUCCUUCCUCCAUUCCUCCCCCCGACUUAUAAUGGCAAGCUGAUCAGAUUUAAAUAUUGCAUGUACGUUCAGGCAGUUAAAAGACUGUACAGAAAUAGAACCCAAUUUAUAACCAAGCGAUAUGAGCAGCAUAUACCUUUGCGCGUACUCUGUGGUAGAUGUAUCCGUUCGCCCGUGCUGGACUUGGUGUUGCUUCCUAUCAAGCCGAGCAGCUCGCAGGGGGAGGGAGCGACUACUGGGCACAACGGGGGAGACCCGCCUGAGUGCCUCUACCAUGACUUUCGGCACCUGUAUAACCGUAUUGGGAAAACCCCCCUCGAUAGGCUCCUUUGUAUAUACCUCAUCUCAUCGCAGAGAAAGGAGGACUCGUCCCUUUUCCUCCUCAACCACGUUCUGCCCAACUAUAACUACUUUUACUAUAUGCACAUCUUUUUGUAUGUGGCUCAUCACUGGGAUCACUACACGGGGGAGCUUUCCCGGAGGGAAGCCUCCUCUCAUGAGGGGGAGAGCCAUAAUGCAGCUUUGCCGAAAAACAGAAAAGGGCUCCUCAUGGACAAGACCUACACCAUAGUGGAUACCAUCGUGAAGUGCAUGCAGGAGGGGGACAUGUAUAGACGAAUCAACACUCGGAUGAUAAAGUCCCAGUCGUUGUCUCCUCUCCACCUGGCUAGCGAUUCAGCUACCAGGGACGACGGGGUAGUCAUCCCGUCUGUGAAGGAUGACCCAAAUGAACUACCCAACAAAAAUGCAUUACAAAAUAUUUAUCGAAUAAAUUCGGAUGGAAAAAAUAUAUGUCAUGUCACCUUGCUAGAUGGAAUGGACAACCAGGUAACGGACUCCUUCCCAUGUGGUGGUAUCAUCAAUGUGAGACUUUACUUUGGGGAUGCAUCUAUAUGCACAGUGCAUGUAGAUAUACGUUUGAAGAGAGUAGAACGGAUAAAAAUAAACUCCAGAUUUUUAACAGUACAGAGAAACAAACUACAUGAUGAAAAUGAGUUGGCUUCGCUCGCUUGGUA